CCACGCCCCGGCUCCAGCUUCGGUCAGUCCACCCGCGCACAGCCGCCAUUUCCUGUCCAACCCUGGGGGCGUCAGGGAUUCUGGUUCACCAUGGCUGGCGAUCAAGAGAAAGACUUGCAGAAAUUUCUUAAAAAUGUGGAUGAAAUCACCAAUUUAAUCCAGGAGAUGAAUUCUGAGGACCCAGUUGUGCAAGAGAAAGCUGUCCUCAAGACAGAAGAGAGACUCCUGUUUACAGAGGAAGACCAAGAGGAGGACGGAUGCAGGACCACCUUGAACAAGACCAUGAUCAGUCCUCCACAAGCUCCUACGAAGGAUGCAGAUGAAAUAAACUCAGAGGCCUUCUUGGCAUUUGUGGAGAAGGAUGCAAAGGAACGUGCCAAGAGAAGAAGGGAAAACAGAGUCUUAGCAGAUGCCCUGAAAGAAAAGGGGAAUGAAGCAUUUGUCAGAGGCGACUAUGAAACGGCCAUCCUGUGCUACAGUGAUGGUCUGGAGAAGCUGAAGGACAUGAAAGUGCUGUACACCAACCGCGCCCAGGCUUACAUGAAACUUGGGGACUAUGAGAAGGCACUCGUGGAUUGUGACUGGGCUCUGAGGUGUGAUGAAAAAUGCAUCAAAGCAUAUUUCCACAUGGGAAAAGCCCACCUGGCUCUAAAGAACUACAGUGUGUCUAGAGAGAGUUUUCAGAAGAUCUUAGAAAUAAACCCCCAGCUGCAGAAACAGGUGAAAGAUUACCUGAAUCAAGUAGAUCUUCGGGAGAAAGCAGACCUGCAAGAGAAGGAAGCCCAUGAGUUGCUGGAUUCAGGAAGGGACACAGCCGUGACCACUAAGAACCUCCUGGAGACUCUUUCCAAGCCAGACCAUAAUCUGUUGUUCUAUGCAGGGGGCAUUGAAAUCCUGACUGAAAUGAUGAAGGACUGCACAGAACGAACUUUAUUCAGAACACACAAUGGAUUCAGUAUCGUCAGUGGGAAUGAGAACAUAAAAAGAUGCUUUUCCACAGCAGAGAAAGGUACAGUGGAAGAAACCGUGUGUGUGUGUGUUCUCCGGCUCUGGCAAGCAGUGUGCAGCGGGAAUGAAGAAAACCAGCGCCUGCUUAUCAUGUGCCCUGACAUGGGCAGGCUGCUGCCCUCCCUCUUGGCCUCCGAGGUCCUGACCGUCCGACAGCAGAGCCUGGCCCUAGUGUUACAGCUUGCCCAGAUGGAGAACGGACGAAGCCUGAUCAUCAGCCACCUGGACCUGACCCGGUUAGUGGAAGGCUUGGUGUCAUUUCUUGAAUUCGCAGAUAAGAUCGCCAACUCAGCCAUGGGACUGCUCACAGACUUGGCUCUGGAAAAAAGAUUCCAAGUCUGGUUCCAGACAAGCUUUCCAGGGGUUCUCCCGGCACUCACAGGUGUUCUGAAGAGAGAUCCCAAAGUAACCAACACUUCAGCUCUCAGCCAGUGCAUUGCCAUCAUGGGAAACCUCAGUGCUGAGGCUGCCACCCAGAGACAGAUGUCUGCCUCUGAAGAAUUUGGGGAUGCCUGCUUGGGCCUCAUGGCCAGUUGUGAGGAGGAUGUGGACCUGUUCAGAGAGAUCCUAUAUACACUCCUGGGGCUCAUGAUGAACUUGUGUCUUCAGUCCCCCGUUUUCUCUGAGGCUUGGGCCAUGGAGGUGAGCAGGAGGUGCCUGUCUCUGCUGAACAGCCAGGACGGAGGAAUCCUGACAAGAGCUGCUGGCGUUCUCAGCCGCACCCUUUCUUCCUCUCUGCAAAUUGUUGAGGAGGCCGUAGGAGCAGGAGUUGUGAAGAAAAUGAUUAAAUUCCUGAAGAUGGGAGGCCAGAAUGCGUCACGCUAUGCCAUAAAAAUCCUAGCCGUCUGCACUAAUACUUGUCAUGAAGCACGAGAAGAAGUGAUAAGACUGGAUAAAAAGUUCAGUGUUCUGCUGACACUGCUCCGCUCGGAGGAUGAGAUGCUGGUGGUUAACGCCGCCUUCUGCCUGGGCAACUGCAUGGAGGUGCCACAGGUGGCAACCUCCCUGCUGAAGACAGACAUCGUGCAGGUCUUGUUAAAGCUUGCAGGCAGCGAUGCACGGAACACGGCCUUGCAGCUGAACACGGGGAUCGCUCUGGCGAAGCUGUGCACAGCCGAGCCAAGGUUUGCUGCUCAACUGAGAGAGCUUCACGGGAUAGAAAUUCUCAGCUCUACCACGAAGUACAUCAAUAAUUCUUGAGAGACGUGUUGUCUGUGCAGACACAUGGCUGCAUGCUCUGGGUUGUUCCUGUGCUAAUAAAGACUUUUAAAAUAUCCAC